AUGGCGCAUCGAUGCGUCCGCAAGUUCAGACUUGCAAAACCCGCCUCCCUCGACGCACGACACUUUCACACCAUACCAGCUCGCCAUGAUGCACCAGCUCUUCCUUUGGCAGAGCACUCGACCUCUGCGUCUGGCCCCUCCUCAUCUCGACGUAGCCCUCUUGAUGUCUUGCGGGAGCAGAAAGUUUCUGACCUAAGAAGCUUGCUAUCACUGCGGACUCCGAGCCCAAACCGCGUCUGGGGAAACUACCUCGAGCUCCUCCAAUUUUACGGCUCGGCGAAGGUUCCUCUGGACAUUCACCAGUCUGUUCUCCGGAAGUGCGCCCCACCGGCUGCGCACGUCCGCGCUAUAGCCGCUAGAAGGGUGGCGGCCGGACAGAGGUACAAGGAGGAUAUGCUGUACGAGUCUCGUUACCAGAGGAUUAUCCGUAACAUCCGCUCCGCCGGAGACACGCCCUCUCUCUCAGACUAUCACUGUGUCCUCGACCUCUUUGCCGCAGUUGGGAACCACAACGGCGCAAUGAUGGUACUAGCCGAGAUCGGACGCGUCGGACUGGUCAAGGACCCGCGAACAUACGGUCUGUGUUUGCAGGCGCUAUGUCACCGGUUGACUCUCCCCGUGUGGCACCUGGACCGGCCGGCCCUGGUGGACGAGGUCACGGAGCAUUGCAUGACCAUAUUGAACGAGAUGGCAGACAGAGGUGUGCCCUAUGCUCCUGUCAAUGUGGAUCUCGCGUUCCGUAUCUUGAAGGAGACUAUGAAUAUGGAGGGCUUCACCAUGCUCAUGCGGAAUGCGUAUGGAAUCGACCUCGCGUAUCCCGAUCGGUCUCCUCUGGAGUACUGGGGAAAGGUGCGCGAUGCGGCGACAGAGGUAGAGGCUCAAGACGGCCAGUCUGUCCGGUUCCCCACCCAGCUCCCCUUCACUCUUGCCACCUUCAACACGGCUCUCGACUACCUCGCCCGCUCAGGGAAUGUGACGAAGCUCGUGCAGACGUUCGAAGUCAUCACGAACCCGCUCCCUUCCACAACCUCCAACCCCAACUCCUUUGACGACGAGGACGACGAGGAUUUUGGCGUGUCGAAUCCUCAGGUAGCGCCUUACAGAUCUCCCCACGUCCAGCCCAACACGACCUCCUUCCGUACGCUUCUGCGUGGCGUAUGCGAUGCUGGUCAUGUGGGCCUUGCACGGCAUUACGUCCUUGUCGCUAUAGCGCAAGAACGACAACAAGACUACCUCCUCUUGCGCUCUGCACUUACACAACCACCAGACGAGCUUCCUGCUCCUCGCCUAUCGAUUAACCGUAAUCUUCUGCUCCCCGUCUUUCAUCUCGCGAACCGCCAGAAGGACGUGGAGCUGCUACGCUGGAUCACCGUCAGAAUCAAGCGCGCCGUCCGCUGGCACCGACAUGCCAUCAAGUAUUACACCAGCACCCGCACCAGAUGGGUUGAAUCUGGAGUCUACGUACCGAAGCGGGCUGUUGAAACGGACCUCGAAGACGAUGUUGGCAGCGAUCUGCCGUCCGCCGCCUCCACAUCGCGGUUCUCAUCAUUCUUUAGCCCGUCGUCCUCUUCGCGACAGGCAUCCGCGACAUUUGACGCCUCCUCAUCAAGCAAUGAGGACUUCACUACGUCUGCCAUCCAGGCUGAGGAGGGGCAGAAGACGUUCGACGUCGACUUGCACUUGAAGCUCCUCGAACGCGAGCUCCUCGAGCUCGAGGACUUAGAACGACACGCGGACGUCGUCCUGGGGCGCAGCACGCAGCGCCUCAAGGAGCGUCUCGGGCGGCGGGUCUGGAACAGCAAAGAUAUCUUCCUGCGCGACAUCGGCCGCCGGACGACCUUGCCGAAGGCGGUCUUCCGCGAAAACGUCAACUUCCGCUCGCAGAGCGAGGUCGAGGCGAGACAGUUGAAGGAGCGAUCGGCAAAGACACGCGAGAGGCCAACAUGGGGCGCGCCACCGCCGCUCGCUAGGACGGGUCCGAUGGGCGAGCAGUAUACAGCGACGAGCUCCGUGGAGCGGGAGGAGCGGCCACCCAAAAGCUCUCGGGAGUCGUAAACUGUCUGGCGCAGUUUGCACCGCUGCUGUAUUUUAUAGAUACCAUCUAAUUACACUCUACACACCUUUGGAGACCGUAGGCUGCAUGGAAAUACAAAGGGCAGGUGUUUUGCGUCGGACUAGCACCGUUGUAUUCCCGCUCUUUCAUUCUCAAUGCAGACUAUGGAAAUUCCG